AUAUGGUGGGGAAUUUCGAUUGUUAACCGUUUGGAAUGUAUGGCUUUGAAUCGUCCGCUCUUACUUGAGGAGAGGCAUUGCACCGUCGAUUAUCCCGACCCAAAUUUAUGCGAUGAAUCUGAAUCGAAAAUCGUCGGAUAUUUCGUGCAAUACUCCAUAAUCACAAGGAUCAUGUAUGAAGUCUUGGAAAUCUCCAUGAUGGACGAUCAAAGCUCGGACUCUUCCGUUUCGCACCUGGAGGGGCGACUUGACGAAUGGAGGCGCAACCUUCCUUCAUUCUUGAACAUCGAGGAUGCCAAACCUUUGACGAUGAUGCCAGAUGAAACGUCUGUUGAACACUUGAGAAUCUAUUUAUGUAUUCUUUAUAAUUAUACGUUAAUAAGAAUCCAUCAUCAAAAGAUCUCGUCUAACAAUAGUUUGGAGGCUUGUACACAAGCUGCAAACAAUAUCACGGCUCUCGUGAAUGAAAAUUUUGUCAGCCUUAUUAAUAGUAACCAGUUUGUGGUCUAUUGUACCUUAUGCGCGGGGUGUAUUCAUGCAUUUAACCUCAAAAGUUCACAACAUUCGGUCAAAGCCAAGAAUAGUGUAUUUCAAAUAGUUGAAGUAUUUAAAAGUGUACUCUCCAUACCAUCAUUGCGUAAUAUACAUUAUGGAAUAAAAAACCUUAUUGUACUUUUUGCUUUGCAACUUGAAAUGGGAUCGGGCUCCGAUGAACAAACCAUGCAAGUUGUUAAAGAUGCGUUGAAUUUAGUUACCGGAAACACAAGGAUACCGGAGAAUCACAACAACAUUUCAACAGUUAUAGGAGAAGUUCGACAUAACGGUAGUGGAGACGACAUUGGUAAUAUUAUCAAUAACAAGGGUAUCCCGGGUCCUUCGUCUUCUCAGCCAGGUAUUAAUAUAUUGACGCAAACGGCUACCGCGGGUUCAACGACAGGUUUGCCGCGAAUAAUACUUCAACAGAGUCAACCUGUUUUCUCUUCAUCGCCAACACCUUUAUCACCAUUGGGUCUUCCACCGGUGAAUUCCGGUAAAAUGGAAGCCAACAAUAAUAACAACCUUGGAAAUUCAUUGAUAUCAGACAACUAUACUUCAUCGCAAUAUAGUCAGCACCCACAGAAUAAUCAGAAUCAUUCUUCUCAGACGAGACCGAAUAGUGACAACUCGCCGAAUAUGAACAACUCUUAUUAUUAUUGGACGCAGCAUAGCAACCAACUGCAACCGAUUCAACCGCAAAAUCAUCAGGCGUCCUCCCAUAAUGCAUUAACAGCAGAAACGUCAACACUUUUGGUACUGGGUAACUCCCAGGGAUCAUCUGCAGCAUCGAUGAAUAUUGGAAGAACCGCGACGCCUUCAAUGACCAUGGCGCCUACUUCUUCAUCAUUGCCACCAUUGAUGAAUACCACAAGUUCGGCAUCGACAUCAAUGUAUUUGCCAUUUCCUCAAUAUUCACCUGCUCAGCAACCAUCGCAAACUCCACAUCCAUCUCAACAAAGACAAUACUACCUGACCCCCAGUAAUCCGAAUCCUCCUAGAAAUUAUGUCGCGGGACCAGAAAUACAAGAUGGAUUGACUUCGAUGACGGGAAUGGCAUCGAUCAAUGGAGUGAGUAACGGUGGUGCUCCUACCCUGAUCUCGCUACUUGACAAUCAGAGGAACAAUCAAUCAAACGAAAUUGGUGGAAUUGGUCGAAAGUCACCAACGCAAUUCCAUUG